AUGGUCGCCCACCUCCAUCCGCGUUCGCGAUCCACCAUGUCGCUCUUCAGCGGCUGCCUCGCAAUCUGCUUUGCGGUCGUUGCAGCUCCUCACGUCCUCCCGUGUCCUGUCGACAAGACACAGCUCGCCGACAGUGCCUCGCCAGACGGAGAGCCCAGACGCCGAAGACGCCGCAAGCAGUCUGCUCCUUCUCCCGACUCUGAUCAACAAGACGACAACGAUAUGAGCUCCUUGAGCGACAUGGAGCGCCCCAAGCGCGAAUGUCCCGUGCCAAAGCCCAGCGGUCUUAUAGGCCAGGUCAUGGGUUUCAAACCACAAGAGCAACGACAAAAUCCUACCAUCAUUAUCCAGACGCUGCGCGACCGCCAUACCAGACAAGACACAGAAUCGGGCGACAACUCCUUGUAA